UACAGCAAAAUGGAAAAUCCGAAUGGAAAUCCAAAUGCCGAGCUUCCGAAUCAGCACCCACCAGAAUGUCCCCCAAAUCGUCAAGAUCGCCUUCAAUACGCUCUCACUAUCAAACGCAUCAGAAAUGAGAGAUACCAUCCAAUCGAGAAACAGGAAGAAAAUCGAGAGAUACCAAUCCGCCAAAUUAAUUAAAAUGAUUUCAUUCAUCAGAAGACCAGGAUAGAGUCGGCGAACUACCUGAGAGUCAGAAAUACCCACGAGAAGAGAACACUCGAAAACGAUGGUUACAAUACCAACAGCAUUGUCAGAAAAUCGGUCAAAAAAAUCGGUCAGAAAAUUGUCAAAAAAUACGAUCGUCAUUUUCUUGAUCAUCAACACCCCGGUUUCGCAAUCAUAUAACUCGAUAGCAGAAUUACACCUCCAAAUCGCCAAAAGACCACCGACUGUGGUCAUCGAACAAGAAGUUCCAGCGAAACCAGCUCAAAUUCAAGCUUCAUCAACCAUCUGAGUAAUACCAACGACGAUGAGCCAGAAAUGUCGUUAACUGAUGAAUAACCAACGAAGAGAAAUAUUAUACCCUCGUUUAAAAUUAUUAAUGAUUCCCCGCCAUACCCUCUAGACACAUGUCAGUCCCUCAAGGACACCCAUUGAGCUAAAAGCUCCCGAAUAAAUUCGAAUUCAUUGAAAAA